CGACAUACUGGUAUUUACCACACUGUAGCUCUCCGCCCGAAGUGAUGAAAGAGUCCGUUUGGAUGAACUUUGACUAUUGAGAGAUACACAAACGGUGGAACAGCAGGUGGUGGUGUUUCCUCCCUGCAUGGCGAGUGAGCAGCCAGAGAGGAAGGAGGAUGAGGAAGUGGUUGGAUCAGAGGACUGGACAUGAUGAUGAUGUCGUCGCCGCCUGCUGUGAUGCACCAGCAGCUUCCAGCAGAGCGCUAGCUGGACCCCCAGACUCCGGUCAUUCCUGACAAUGAGAUGGGUAACUGCUGGGCUUACUGCGUGGGGCUCUUCAGGAGGGAAGCCAACAGGAUCCAGAGAGGAGGCGGGUCAAAGUACUUCAGAAGUUCUACUACAGGGGAGCAUUACACAAUCGAGUUUGAAAAUCUGGUAGAAAGUGACGAGGCUGAGAGCCCAAAGCCCUGUCCUAGGCCCAUCAGUGAAGAUGAGCUCAGUCACCUCAGAGAACACCGCUAUGCUGCUAUCUCCGACAAACAAGUCCUCAUCGACCAAAAGCUGCAAGUUGAGUUAGAGGCACAGGAGGAGAAGUUAAGGCUAGAAGAGGAGGCUAGAAAUGCCGCCCAGCGCGAGGCCGCCAGGCUGGCUCGUGAACGAAAAAUGAAGGAGCUGUACGCUCAGAGGACGCGGGGGAAAGCAGACGGCUCGGGUGCUGAAACGCAGCAGAGAAAACGAACCUCUGGGGAGGAUUUUGACGUCUACCUCCAGAACGUGAAAGCCCAGUCGGAUGCUUUCAGGAGCAACAGACUUCCCUCUGAAGCAAACGCAGUGACGCCCAACACGGAGUACAGCUGGGAUUUCACCACUAAGACCCGCUCCACCAACGACGACGGGACAUCGCUCGAUUUAGAGUGGGAGGACGAGGAAGGUAUCAACCGAGCUCUGCCGGCCUGGGAGCGGUCUCGGACCGAGGAGGAUAUCUUGCGGGCCGCCCUGCGGCCCGGCAGCAAACAGGUGACCAGUGGGCCCACCUCGGCCUCCGAGGACUCCAACGCUCUGGAGUGGGAGAACGACUUUGUGAGUACUCACCCGGAGGACGGUGGCGACGCCGAAUUCGAAGGGUUUGUCAACCCCGUCCUGGACACGCCCUCAGAGGAUGCCUCGGACUCCGGCCUCAGGGCGGAGAACCAGGACAGAUAGUGUCCGGCACCAAAGGAGACCUCACCAGCUUUUUGCCUCAUGAAUCCGAAAUGUCACUUUGUCGUAAUCAGUAAAGGAUCCCUGAUGCUGGAGAAAUUUGGUAAUUGAUCCAACAUAGCAGAGUCUAAAGACAAUUUUUUUUCUUCCUCAAACGUGUUUUCAGUGCCUUCAUCUGCUACAAUAUCUGACCGUUGAGCAUUGUAACUGUCCUUCCUUUUACCGUUUUAAACAUUGUUCAGAAUGUGCUGCUUUUUUUCUUUUCUUUUUCUUUUUUUUAAUGAUGAUCAGUGACUGAAUUGAAACCAGGUUAUUGGCAGGAAACUUUGACAUGACCAGUGACUGUAAAACCAAACAGAUGCUUUCAGAGAACAAGGUGUUGGUUUAGCCAACAGAAAGACAAAAUGUCACUUUUAUAUCUCAGUGUCUGAAGGCCAAAUGCAGCUCUGAGUCCAGGGGAGCGUCACGCAAUUUUUAUUAUUAUUACAUAUUCAAAGGGAAUAUCCAGAAGUCAAAAUUUGACCCUCUCAAUUUGAUCCAAUACAGUGAAACAAAAUGAUACCAGAAUUAUUUCCCAAAAAUUUCCCCAAAAACUUAAGAGAUCAUUUUACUUGGCUCUUAAUAAACUUGCCUUUUAUUAAACUGUAUGAGUCGGAUCAAACCUUUUGUGGCCAUUUCCACAAGAUUCCCAAAAAUCUGGCACCAUUCCUCCUGACCGAACUGGUUGCCAUGCCAACACAUUGACUGUAUUGUCCUUGAGCCUUUUUGUAACUAAUUUGGCAGUCUGCUUAGGAUAAUGACUCUUUUGCGCCUUAACUUUCCCUUCUCUGAUGACGUUGCUUCAGCAUGUCCACAUGAAAGUUUUUUCCUCACACUUUACUAUCUGUUUUGUAAUGCGCACCAGUCCCUCCUGCAGCAAAAAUAAAACCCACCCACACAUUUUACACGUGCUUAUAAACUUCCCACUUUCCCCUCAAAAUUUUGCCGGUGGUCAUCGAGACCAGAAACACUUUUACCAAGUUUCGUUUCACCCUGGAUCCGUUUGUUCCGGAGAGCAUUUUGCGAGCUGUAAUCUUGGUUUUACAUUGGCUUUGGGAGUCAUGGCCUCUUCCUCACCGCGCAGCUUUUCAGCCGAGUACGGGACUCGUUUAGCUGCGGACCGUGUCGCAUGUUUUAACGUAUCUGUAAAUGCGUAUAAUUAUUUUUUAACUGAUUACUUGGCAGGGAAGAAAAUCGGUCAAAUCAACAGAUGUAAAAUCGCUGCAUGACAAGGAAGAUUGUGUUUUACAUCCGACCAAGUACAUCUAAAAAAAAGAAAAAUUACUCUGAGAAUAAAACAUACUUGUCACUGUUUCGCUGCGAUACUCCCAGCACACAGUAAUUGCAUUCAGCCCCAUUUGGAGGCAGUUAUCGGUUCACGAACUGGAGAAACCGUUUGGUAACUUCGCUUUCAUAAACACUUGGUGGAGAAAGGAUCUUCUGUCUCUAAAUGUCAGAGGUUCAACCUGCUAACUCUGAGCAGAGUUACUGCCUGUGCUUUCCUUUCUCGCUGGGUGAAUGAGUCUGACCGGUGCAAUCGAUUUCAAGACGCACAGCCAACAUUUGGAGAUUUGUUGCUGUUGGGGAGCGGUGACGUAAAACCGGAAGACAUUCCCUGUAGAAGCUUUACGAAAGGUUUUUGUCCUUUUUAGAUUUUUACCAGGCUCUUUAAAAUAUCUUGACUGACCGGACUGCUCCUUCCCAAAGAUUACCACAUAAUGUAAGUGACUGCAUUUAGUCACACUUUCAAAUGUGUUGGCAUUCAUUGAUUGAAAGGAGGAGCAAAAAAAUAACAAUACGGAUGGCUUUGAACUUCAUAAAUUAGAAUUUAUAGUUCUUUCUUAUAGGAAAUGUAUCACGAUAAAUGAUAAGCGAUAAACGCCAACGCCUACUUUGAAAGUGAGUAUGCCUCGAGGAUUCUUCGAUGAUUUAACCUCCAAAUAUUCGUGUUUCAGGGCAACUUAUGUGCAGAACAAUCGGAUUUCAGCGCCGUAUGAAAUCCUGGCAGUUGCAUGCAUGCAUCUCUAGAAAUCACAGGACGACACCCAAGUCACACUCAGCACAACAGAACAUGGAGGCAGAACAUUACAGAUGCCUCAGAGCUCUAAAAACCAAAUCAAAAAAGUCAGCAAUUUCCAUAAAGACAUUUUUAGUUAAAUUUUUUUUCUGGCUCUUUAUGCAGUCUUUGUGACACGUUCAGCAUUUGUGCAUGUUAGCCAGCUCCAAUCAGACCCGGUGUACUGACGGUGCAUGCAUUCUUCACGAAGAGGAAGCUCUGCUGUUGACUGUGACCUCUCAUUAGAAGGACAGUGCUCUGAAUGUUGUCUAAUACGAAAUUCAGCUCAUCUGAAAUGAUUUUGUUGUUGUUGUUGUUCGCCAGUAUAUUCUGAAAAAUCUGGCGGAAAGCAGGAUUCUGAAAACUACAGUAGUCUCUUUUAAGAUGAUGUCAAAACGCCAAAGUGAAUUAGAAAAUCUACGUGAGAAGGCAAAUCAUUUUUAGAGUGGUGACCAUCAAAAUGGGACUUAAAACUUCCUCUAAUCCAAUUACUGUGUCGUGUGGGCAGUAGAGGCGCAGCGAUUCCAGGUUUUUUUGUUUUUCGGGCCGAUUGUCAACCUUUAAAAAGCCACUUUUAGCUGAUGCCACUUUUUUAUUUUGUUUUAGUAAAGAAUAAAAAAAAUGCAUUUUUUGUUUAGAAAGUUGCUAAAUGUAUAGCGAAAAAGUCAAUCUUGCAUGCUAAUAUCAUUCUGACUCGACCGGCCGGUCACCCAAAAUGAAGAAAGUCUGAGUCUGGUUCAUCGGUGCAUCCCGAGUUUACAGAAAUGCUGUUGGUGUGUCCAAAUGUGUUGUGAACAAGUUGGUCAGAAAACUGAUCAUUACUGUUUCUUAUCUUAUCACAAGAGGUUUUGUUUAGUUUUCACUCUGAUCACUUUCUUUGCUCGUCUUAGAGGAUCUUAAAACCAACUCUCAUGUCGACUGGUGGGAGGGAGACAACCACCUGGGGAAUGUGUAGAAAAUGCACGGGUUAAUUUUCAGACUUUUUAUUUUUAAUCAGUGUAAUUUACUGCACCAUUUAAUAAUUUAAUUUUUGUUGUGAUUGUUGUUUGAACUUGGUUUAUUUCUUGUAAAUUAUGUAAAAAAAAAAAAAAAAGUAUAACUAAACAUUCCUUGUCAUGAUGAGUUGAAGAAAAUAAAUUCAUAGUUUUAAAUGCU